AUGGCUUUUCCUCCAAACUCUCCCAACAAUCACCAGCCGCCAUCGAAAACUAGUGCCGCAACUUCAUGGAUAAACAAGCUGAAGAUUGUGGGCAGUGGACAAAACUGGUCGGUGGCGCCACCAUUUUACCUCAUGAGCGCAGAACCACCUGCGCCGGAUGCCACUCUGACUGGUGCAAAGAAUCUAAUUGAACACUACGGCCUUGAAAGUGCCUAUCAAAAGUUCUGUGGGAGGAAGCUCCGCGAUGAACUGUCGGCCUUUCUGCCGCAUCUCUCCGGCAAUGUCAACAUGCCAGCCUCGGAAGAUGGGAGUGGCCUUUUGGUGCGUGCUACGAAAUUUUAUCCCAUCGAUCUCUUUUCAUUUGUCCCCCACCCCUAAGUUUCGCUUCCAGAGGGGUAAGUGAUCCUCUGUCGGCAACUUCUGAACUUGAGUUGACUCAGCCAAGGUCGAGCGUUAGCAGUGUCAUGUGAUUCGUUUCUCAGGAAAAAGUGGUCGAGACAGUACGGAGGCUGCGCAACAAGGGUGGCAUCUCCAACGAGGUCUGCAUAUCUUUCGUCAACACUGGUGCCCUGGCCUCAUGUAGUGUUGAAGUUAAUGAGGAGAUAUUUAUUCAUUUGUGAUGACCGGGAUUCGGCCAUCCUUGUGUCUGCCUUUAACAAGCGAAAUAAGACAAAGUGCGUCUACUGCAGUGGCAUAAAUCUCGUCGAUGUUGCCGCGAAUAUGUUUGCUAUUGCCAUUUUCAUCUAGUUUCGCUGUGUGUGACUGUAAGAUGACACCCAAUGAAGCCGUGUUUUGAGCUGGGCUUGGUUGCACCGACCAGAUGCUCGCACCGCUGUGCACUUUUUUUUAAUCCCACCACAGCUCUCUGCCCUGUUGUAAUUGUUGCACCCUUCGACUUCACGCACGUGUCUUCAGCAGAUAGUGAGGUUGGACGGUAUGCCGGCAAAACUUAAAGGUAAUGAUUAAGGCCCGCUUUCUUCCCACCAUCACGAAAGCUUUAGUCCACAACAAUCUAUCUCAGUCCUUCAAUAUUUGACUUUGUGUUUGACAAUAUUACUUUAUCCAACUACGUCAUUAACUAGCUUCUCGGGUGAGGCCUGCGUAGUUUUGAUGGUCCCGAAUUUACACCUGGCUGCACAUUGGCUACGCUGACAGUAUCAUCCCGCUAUCGCAAAGCUAUGCUAACAAAUAAUAUGCGGUGUUGCCAGUGAGUGAGGUCGCUAAAUCGCUGCGUCUUCAUAAGCGCUGAGGAAGUUAACGUGCCUUUGGGUCGGGCUCCUGACAAAAAUAAGUACAUUUUUGAGUGCCUCCGUUUGAAAUUGCUGUCAAAUAAUCAGGCUGAGGGUGACACUUCCCUUUUCGGUGUUGCUUGGAGGAUUUUCGUAAUUUUUAGUGUCUAUCAACCCAAGGCGAUGUCAUAAUCACCACAAAGGCUCACCCGUACCGCGCAUAGGUUCAGCCGUCCCCCUCAACACUUGUGGAAUGUUAGGCUGUGCGCGUGUUGAACGGUCAAAAACUGGGAAUGUUUUACUACCGCUGUCGAACAACCGUCCAUACAAUGUAGUACCCCGAUUUCGCCCCCAAUGCGCCAGUCAACACUUGCUUAGACAACUUCGCGAGGGUAUGGGUAUCUCAGAGCGCACCAGAUAUAUGACUGGUGUGGCAUGGGUGCGUUCGUAGCUGUCCAUUGUUGCUGCCCUCGACCCCGUGCUGCUGAUCAUCUGGAGGUAUUGAAAGACCUAGUUAAAAACCUGUUUCCGCUCAGUCUACCAAGGCAUAAGACGGUUAUUUGGACCUCUGGUAUUCGUCUCUGCUGAAAGUGGGCCAUGCUCUCCGAAUCCAUUUCCAUAGAUGGUUGCGCAUGGAAAGUUGCACUUCUCAGCAUCGAGGCCAGCUGGACCAGGCAUGAUAAUAGCCGUUACAUGUACGGAUACAGAGACGUGACAAAGAAAAGUUCUAUCGUAAUCGACCACCAAGAUUCUGCCGUCGAGUUUUCAAGUUCCAGACUACAUUCUGUUUGCUAAUGACUCACAUUAAACGCUGUAGCCUUGUAGAUCUUCGACAGUUGAAGUACUUUGUGAUAAGCAGUUCUUCGUUUAGGUCCUGCCUGACUAAGGCGGACCCCGCUGGUGGACCAUGUGCUGCUCACACCUGGAUGAGUGGCGUGGGAACGAUGAGUGUUAAUAGCCCCCAAAUCACGUAUAAGCCCUGUAACUUCGCAUAAUUUCAACUUCUAUGUCGCUGUUUUGGCCUGAUGAGUUACCGAAAACACGUGUAUGCUAAAUUGACUUUUCAAUUGCAACAUGGGAAUAUUCGCUGAACCUGGAAGUCUCUCAGGUCGGACCGUGUUUUCAAGAAUAGAUCACUAAGACCACGUAUUAACGUGUAUUUUGUUGUCUGACUUCCACUGAUUUCGAUAGUGAUAAUCUGAUUUCGUUGCCACAGGGCAUGUGUCAAUAAAGGGUCAGUAAAAGAUACUUCAAUUCCGACCAGAAUACUUGCAGAUAUCAGAGUGAACGAGUUUACUAGCUAGCAAUUGGCAGCUUCCCACUUGAGCAUCCGUAACGAUGUGCUUAUUUUCUAACUUUAGCUGUAGGGUUUUAUCGGUAGUUAAUGCCUCCUGUCUCCCCCUUUCUCGCCCCACUCACCAAAAAGCAUUUGAUUUGAUUAACCAUACAUUCCAGGGCUUGGUUGAAAGACCACCAAUUACUGGCAAGGAGUUGAUGCCCUUCGCCCCGAAUCAACUGGAUCAUGGCUUCCGACUGCAUCCUGGUCCCCUCCCACAGGAGUACAUGUCUCUCUUUAUGGCUCCCCCCGCGAAUCUCAGCACUGUAUCGGCGACCGGCACCGCCCCUGGCGACAGCGCCGGUCCUACUGGCAGUAGUAUCGGAAACGCCACCUUCCCCACGAAGCCUAAUCCCGGUGGUUCUGUUUCGUCCCAACCUCUCCAGGCGCCAACAAGUCGCGGUUCUAGUACACCUGGCGGCAAUAUGCGCAAACGCCGGCGCGAAAUUCAUCGUGGUGGGGCACCUCUCCCUCAGAGCGGUGGCACACCAGCUAGUUUUGGCGGGGCUGCUCAACCGUCCUCCGCCGCGGUUGUCUCGGCUCAUCCACAUUGGGGUGCUGGUGGCCCCUCGCGGUCCCUGGGUGCAGCGGUUUCGCUUGGUGGCGUUGGAGCUGCUGCUCCACACUCGGGACCCCCACCCUCGAUGCUGAUGCGCAGCAGCGAGCCUAUGCCGAGUCUGCAACCGAGCAGUUGUCUUCCGCCCCCGCCUCCACCACCCCUGCUUACCUCGGUUCAACACCUAGUUGCCUCCAAACCGGCGUCCUCUUCAUCGCUUUCAUCCAGCGCGCAGGCACCGCACCCUCCCCCCGUUUUCGCCGCCCAUCAUCACCAUAACCCGGCCACCCUUCCGACCGCCACACUGGGCCCACCAAGUCUAAAGAAGGUGCUUCGGCCGGAUGAGCAGUCGAUAAUGACCGGUGGUGGGGGCAGCAGCAACUUCUUCGAUGCUGGCAGACUGUCUACGCCGUCAUCUGGCGGUGGCGGCGGCGGCGGCGGCGAUUACGCUAACUCUGGGCUAGAUCCAGAAGAGGAACGUAGACGGAAGAAACGCAAAGAGAAGCGUUACAAGAAGGAGAGAGAGUAG